AUGGAGGAUGAAAGAGGAAUAGUGUUAAGAAAGGAAAGACAGAUUUUGAUGAGGUGGAAAGACUACUUUGAGAAGUUACUGAAAGAAGAAAAUGAAAGGUUCCCGAGAGGAGACGGAGAACCGAACAACCAAGAGGUAGCAGAAGUGACGAGACAGGAGGUGAUCACAGCACUGAAGGAGAUGAAGAAUGGUAGAGAAAACUACAAAGAGUACGGUAAGGAGGCAAAAAGAGCUGUUGCAAUCGCGAAAGCAAAAGCGUACGAUAGUCUAUAUGAAGAGUUAGACACUGAAGAAGGACAGGGGAAGGAUUUCAAGUUGGCAAAGCAAAGAAAUAAGAGCACAAAGGAUAUCAAGCAUAUAAGACAGAUGGAGGAUGAAUGA